GGGAUUAGAUACAUAGAAAGGAGCCCAGCAGGGGAGCCAGUUGGCUGUUCUGAGAUAAAAAUCCCUUGGAGGAAGCCAGCAUGAGACUCCAUCAGACAGAAGUACACUGGGGGGUUGGAAGGUUCAUUUGAAUGCAUAUUAAUUGAGCAAGGGGGAAGCAGUAGCAGCGGGGAGUCUCUCUCGCGGCGUCACAUGCUCACCUGAAAGGGAGGAGUGAGAGGUGGCUCCUCAGUAAACAGAAUUCCUAGCAAACAAAUUGUAUCGGCCGAAAGCACUGCGCUGUGGCAACGCCAGGCAGGAAGCGACUGUCGGGCUCUUAAGUAGUGAAUUGAAUCCUCCCUCCCUUGUGCGAUUUGCUCGCUCCGGGGAGGUUGCAGUGACUUUAGCUGAACGUGUGCACUUUUCCCUGUGCCCUUCCUGCGCUCUCUAUGCCCAGGGCAGCGUCCCGUCGUCUCUCCCCAAGGACUGUUGUCACGGCGGAGCGAGGGAAAGCAGGAAAUCAGAUGCAGCGGGGAAAAGUUGCAGGAUAUCCCUCAGACUGGAAGUGACACUGGGCUGUGUCUGCGCUUCUGUCGCAGCUUCUUCCACUUGACAAACGCGGUGGAUAAGGUUGUGGUGGGGCUGAGCCGUACAUGGAGAUUUAUUGAGCGCCCCUCUCUACCUGUACGGGCCAUGGGAGGCUGCGUGGGGCGACCCCAAGGGGAGAGCCAGAGAUCGCAAUCCAGGGCCUCUGGGCAACAGCGCAAGAGAGCAGGUCGCAACGAGCCAUUAAAGAAAGAGAGGCCAAGAUGGAAGAGCGACUACCCCAUGACUGAUGGACAAUUGCGCAGCAAGCGGGACGAGUUCUGGGACACAGCACCUGCCUUUGAGGGCCAGAAGGAAAUCUGGGAUGCUUUGAAGGCGGCCGCCUUUGCAGUGGAAGCCAAUGACCAUGAGCUGGCUCAGGCUAUUGUGGAUGGUGCCAGUAUUACUUUACCUCAUGGAUCUCUAACAGAAUGUUAUGAUGAACUUGGAACCCGCUACCAACUGCCGGUUUACUGCCUGGCUCCUCCUCUUAACCUUAUCAUGGAAAGAAGUGAGGAAGAUGGAACAGAAGCUGUAGAACCAGCCCCCAACACCAGACGGGAAUUCCAGCUUAAAGUCCGCCUCUCCACUGGGAAGGACGUUAAACUCAACGCCAGCAUGCUGGAUUCCAUUGGCCAGCUGAAAAAGCAGCUGCACGCGGUGGAGGGCUUUGAACCUUGUUGGCAGCGCUGGUUUUUUUCUGGGAAACUUCUCACAGACAGAAUGAAGCUCCAGGAGACAAAGAUCCAGAAAGACUAUGUGAUACAAGUCAUUGUUAACCAGCCACAAGAGACACAAAACUGAACUGGGACAAUGCCCAGCAAAUAUGAAUGUAUGUUUCAUUACAAGUACAAUAGGAGGGUGAGGGAAAGGCUGGCUGCUAGGUCUUUAUCUCCUUUCCUCAUGUCCACCUUCCCAAGCAUCAAUCUCUUGCUGAGCGGGGACUGUAUCGUGAAAUUCAGGUGGCGAGGUGAAUUAAGAAACCUUAAUGCUGCACUAUGUCUCCCUUAGUCUUUAUUGCACACAGAAUCCCCCUCAGUUUAUUGUAUGGCUGAGAUUAAUGGGCAGAUACGCUCAUCCCGAGUGUGGCAUUGGGUGGGGGAAAUUCUUUUUUUUUUUUUUUAAUACAACAUUUUCUGGGUUUACCUUUCAAUACGGGGGUGGGGGAAGCCUUUGGCAUUCCAAACUCUGGAGAACUACAGCUUCUAAAAGCCUUCUGCAGUAGGGGCUGCUAAGAGUUGAAGAUGGGGCCCAAGAGGAUUCAACUGCAGCAAAUCACUUUUUUUCCCUCUACUCUCUAAAAGUCUAGCUCUACUUGCCAAGCCCCAGCUUAGACGAUGUACCAUGGACUUUUUUGGUUAAUUUUUCAAAUGUAUCACAACGAUAAUACAGAUUUAUUACACAUAAUACUAUACAGAGACACUAUGCAUUCACAAGCUACUUUUAGACUGGUGUCACUGCAGUCCCUUUUUGGUUUGAUUUGGAUAAGACCAGUGCCCAAGCAUCUGCAUGGAUGGGGCCGGUGACCAUGCAUCUAGGUGUGAUGUUAAAGAGCAGCAGGGAACACAGCAUUCUUAUUUUUAUGAUUGUCUUUAAUUUAGCACCAAAGAACCCUGCUGUAUUAUGUGCUGGCCCCAUGUAGCCAUACCCAUUGUUUUUGGUUUGGAUCAAAUUCUAGCAGUCAGGGCAGUGGCAGGGCAGUGGCACAGGUUAUUUUUGGGUUUCUUGUCUUUGAGUAGCCAAGUGUACAUGUGUCUAGCCUACAUCAUUUACAGUCACUAAAAUGCAAAGUAAUAUCUGUAAGUCUAUGCUUGACCGCAUGCUAGAAGUUUUACAUGCCGACGCAUUUGGCAAGCAUGUUUCUUUGGCUUGGCUUUGAGUGGGAGGCCCCAGUUGUAAAGCUAAAGGUAGGCAGUAACCACUAUUUAGAGAAACUAGCACCUCCAAUCUGUUCAGAGAUGUUUUAUUAGCGCUACAGAUGAAAAGCCAGAAAUUGUUUCAGUUCACAAUUAUUGGCUAACUCGUUUAGGGUGCCUGCAUGCUCUUGGACAUAGGCAUAAAGCCCAUCAGCAUUCAGUAAGUUUUAAACCAAUCCACUGCUUCCCUAAUGUUGCUUAUGCCAAUUGGAAACAAUGGUUCCACCAUGUCUAUAAGUAGGGUUUAUUUUUCAGUGAAAUACAUUGAUGGCCUGCGAUCUGUGCCCAAAACACUCCUGUUUGUUAAUCUCAGGGCUGGUUUGAAAAAAUGUAAUCCAUGGGAAUACACAAUUCAUAUUAUUCUACUGUGUAACAAUUGUUUGAUAUUCUUAAUAUCUAUACGAGGGAUAGAUAUCCUCUGGCCCUCCAGCUGCUAUCCAUCUAUUUCUCCUAGAAUCCCAUGCAAGCAGCAGGAUGCUUAACCAUAAUUAACCUAGACUUGAAAGCACAAUGGCUCUUUUUCCUUAACGGUGUACUUUGUACAUGAUACACUGGGUUUUAUCAUCUCAACAGACAAUAAGUGGCCAAAGUAUUGGACUGGAACUUCAAGAGGAUGGGGUGGAAUUGCACAAUGACAGCCAUUCUGCUUAUAUGGCCCAAUCUGCAGAUAUGUGCUUAAUGCAGCACCUUGUUGGCCAAGGUGUGCUGAUUUGGCCCUUAGGCCCAUGGUAGGAUAAGAAGGGUUCCUGGGCAAUGAGAUUGGCAUGAUAUUAUAUAAAGAGGCCAAUGCUUCAAUUUUAACAAAACAAAAUGAAACCCAGUUAAUCAAUCUUGUCUUAUUGAGUAUGGCCAUGAAUAGUUGGUACAAUUUGUAAGUCAUAGUGUUAUGAACACCCCCAUCUUUUCCACUAAUGGUUACACCUGCUUUCUUUAUGGUGCCCUGGCACAUGCAACUUUGUGUGUGUUUUUCCACUUAGUGCUGUGCCAGAAAACGGCUGCUGGAGGAUUCUGGUAUUGCCCUUAAACAGCUGGAGGUUCAGAGGUUUCUUAUCCUUGGCCUACUAUGGCAAGAGUGAAUACUUAGUUUCGAAAAUAGAGGAUGCAAAUGUUUCUCCCUCCAUUUGCCUACAUCCAGGCAUACAUAUUUUUCUUUUAAACCUACCUUUGAAUGGAAUUUUAUAUCUUGUUUUAAUCAUUUUAACUGAUCAAAUGGUGUUGCCUCUAGAACAAAACAAAGGAAAUGAGUAAGCAAUAAGAAAUCGAAAUCUGUUUUAAUGUCACAUCUUGUGCACAGAGGGUGAUAGGCCCUUCAGAUGCUGCUCAAUUACAACUCUGGAUAUUCCGUCGAUGGGCGAAGGCUUGAAUUGUUGGUGGAGAGUUGUAGUUCAGCGGCUGAUGGAGGGGAUGCGUACCCAUUAACGUCUUAUGAUAUUUUGAACAAGUAAGUAGAUUCUCCAAGUCUUUUUAUUAAUGUGACUGGCUCAGGAUGCUGGGCUAAAACUGUAGGGCCACCAGUUGUCCUUUUGUGUCUUAAACAAGGGCUCUUCUGCAGUGUCUGAAAUUUAAGUUCCAGCAUUGUCCAAGUUUAUUGGAAAAUCCUGGGACAUUUAAUUCAAAGAGGCAGAGUUUACAAAUGUAAACAUUGGUUUGUAAUGUUAUCCUGACUACUUUAUAGAUUUGGGAUUAAAGGUUAAAUCUACCUUGUUUUAUAAGUGGUAUUUUUUGCUUUAAUUGUACAUCAUAAGGGGCAUAGCUUAUUUAUACAGAAAAUGAAGGGUGCCAUCUACUUUUGGCCACUAGAUGGUGUAUUUGUUAACAGCCCAAGCUAAAUAGCAUAUAUGUAUUCUGUGCAUGCAAUAAGCAGCGCUUACUUAUCCCAAGAGAAAAUAGAUGCAAGAUAAACCUUGCUUACAAAUAAGUUAUAUUCCUCUUUUUAUUGCGACAGGGCACAAUAAAAUGCACUGUGUGGUUCCAAUGUGAUGUAUAUCCACUAGCUGACCAGCAGCUGCCUGUAUGCGCAUUGGUUUUUUGUGAUUCCAUGCAAAGACAGAUUCUGUUUCACUCUCCUCGUCUUGUUUGUAAUCAACACUUUACGGUUUUUAGCAAUACCUAUUUAUCUGCAUUGUACCCCACAACAAUAAUACUUGAAAAUGAGAUGUUCAUCUCCAUGUUUCUCCGGAUAAAAUAUUUGUAAAUAAAUCAAUUCAUACAGAA